AUGAUUGCCGAGAAAUUAAAAAAGCCUUUCGGUGAGCCUGAGGCUGAAGAGAAUCAACCGAUUCCUUCUGACAGAAGCAGCUAUCUCGAUAUCAUCCGUCGCAUAUUCUUUCUAUUCACUUAUGACUUGGUUAUAUGGUUCUUUGAUGCCGUGAUCCAUACAUUUUUCCGGGAAUUGAUGCCUCGAGGCACGUUCAACAUCCCCAAAAAGGGUGCCGUAAUCUUUGUCAUUGCUCCCCACCACAAUCAGUUUGUGGAUCCGGUGGUGGUGAUGACCACUGUCCGUAAAAUGGCCGGACGUCGAGUUUCCCUCUUGACCGCAGCCAAAUCGUACCGAAAAUGGUUCAUUGGCAUUCCAGCACGUAUGUGUGGAGCAAUUCUGGUGGAGAGAGCACAGGACUUGGUUAAACCAGUCGAAGGAACCAUUUCUGUGGAGAACUUCGGCGAAAACAACGAUAACUUAGUGGUUUUGGGCAAAGAAACUCAAUUCACCAGGGAUUGCAUGGAAAAAGGAUUAGUUGGACUUCCUGAGUUUCUAGGUAAUGCCCAGAUUGCUGAAGUUGUCUCUAACACAACAUUGAUCUUGAAGAAGCCAUUUAAGGUCAAUUUUGAAAAUCCAACUGAGAAAGAUGAGAAGAUCAUCAAACGUCUCACAGAGGGCACAAAAUUCGUUGCGGCUCCUCACGUGGAUAACCACCAGGUGUUUCAAAACGUUUUUGAUCACUUGAAUGCUGGUAGAGUAUUAGGCAUCUUUCCCGAAGGAGGGCUGCAUGAUCGUCCAACUUUGCUACCAUUAAAGCCUGGUGUGGCCAUCAUGGCCCUAGGAGCUGUUGCCCAAUCCAGGGAUCCAAACCAGGUAGUCAACAUCAUACCUGUCGGGCUCAACUACUUCCAUCCGAACAAGUUCCGGUCCAGGGUGGUGGUGGAGUUUGGCAAGCCCAUCAAGGUGACCAAGGAAGAUGGUGCAAAAUACGAGAAGGACUCCAGGGCGGUAGUCAAUAAGUUGCUUGAUUUGAUAACCUUGCGCUUGAAGGAGGUCACGGUAACUUGCGAUGAUUACGACACGCUCAUGGCCAUUCAGGCAGCAAGAAGAUUAUACACUGCUGCCCAUCGGGAAACUAUUCCAUUGCCAUUGGUUGUGGAAAUGAACCGACGUUUGAUCAAGGGUUACCAAAAAUACUCUGACCGGCCCGAUGUGAAGGAAUUAAAAGAUGCAGUGGGAGAGUAUAACAAGAAGCUUAUGCAAUUGGGGAUUCAUGACCAUCAGGUAGAGUCCUUGACUCAGUCCAAUAGGUUGUUUGUGACAUACAUGUUCUUUGACCGUUUUUUCAAAGUGAUUCUUUUUCUUGGUUUGGCAAUGCCUGGAGUAAUUAUGUUUGGUCCGAUUUUCUUGGUUGCAAAGAAAAUCUCCAGAAAGAAAGCUCAAGAGGCUCUUGCUGCGUCAACCGUGAAGAUUAAAGCUAAGGAUGUGAUCGGCACUUGGAAGAUCUUAGUGGCUCUUGGCUUGGCUCCAGCACUCUACAUCUUUUGGGCCGUGGUAGCAACGAUUUUGCUCACCAAGGCUGGAUGGACCGGACGCUUGCCCAAGACAGUAGUUUUUAUUCUCUGCUACUUAUGGUCUGUUCUCACCACAUAUGCCUCAUUGCGUGUGGGAGAAAUUGGUGUCGACUACUACAAGUCGUUGAAACCACUUUUCUACUCGCUUGUUUCCCAGCACAUUGAUCUGUUGCAGCUUGAAAAUCUUCAAAAAACCAGAAAAGAAUUGGCAGAGCAGGUCGCAAUCGUUUGUGAGCGUUUUGGACCUCUGAUGUUUGAUGAUUUUAAUGAAUUCUAUCGAGACUUCAACCAGCUCAAUGAUAACGACAUCGAUUUUGCUUCUGUUCUCUCUUACAAUGAUUCUACAGAUCUUCGCAGAAAUGCCUCACUCAACUCAUUGUCAAUUCACAAUUUAUCUGAUGUCGCCAUCUUCUCCAAUCCUCAAGAUGAUCAAGAGAGCAUCGAAAGCGACGACAAACAUCCAAAACCCUCAGAGGGAAACGAACCUCAGAGCAGAGGAGAAGAUUAUGCGGAGUCCGAGCUUCCUCAAGAAAAAGUACGUCUCCGCAGAGUGGUAAAGCGAAUGGAAGAAACGUAG